GGAAGACAGAAAGGUAUUAGUAUGGUUCCUUGGUGGACAUGGGAAGCAGAAAGCAAUGAAACGCAGUGAUGCAAGGAAUUCACCAACACCAACAACACCAACAACACCAACACCUCGCUGCACUCGUCUCCGCGGCCCUCCCCAAGGACGAUUCCGACGAAGACCCCUCCCCUCGCCUAGCAGCGAUCCACUCCCUCCACCGCGCCAUCCUCCACCCUCACAACUCCCUCCUCCUCUCUCACUCCGCCACUUUCCUCGCCCAGGCCUUCUCCCAACUUCUCUCCGACAAAUGCUACGAGGUGCGGCAGGCCGCGGUCACAGCCUACGGUGCGCUCUGCGCUGUGGCCGCUUCAAUCCCUGUCGCUUCCAACGGAAGACAAAACCUCCUCUUGCUCGUCGACCGCUUCAUCGGCUGGGCGUUGCCGUCUCUCAGCACAGCCGUCGCAGUCGAUGGCACUAAAGAGCUCGCGCUGGAAGGCCUCCGCGAGUUCCUCAACGUUGGUGGAACAGACAGGUACGCUUUGCCUAUUCUGAAGGCCUGUCAGGUGCUGCUUGAGGAUGAGAGAACCUCUCUGGCUCUGUUACACAGACUUAUUGGUGUUAUUACUUUGAUAUCGUUGAAGUUUGUGAGGUGCUUUCAGCCUCAUUUCCCUGACAUUGUUGACUUGCUUCUUGGUUGGGCUUUGAUGCCGGAUUUAGCUCAGUCGGAUAGGCGUGUUAUUUUGGAUAGCUUCUUGCAGUUUCAGAAGCAUUGGGUUGGCAGUCUUCCCAUGUCCUUGCGAUUGCUCACUAAGUUCUUGGGGGACAUGGAGGUUUUGCUUCAUGAUGGAACUCCAGGCACGCCGCAACAGUUUCGGCGGCUUCUUGCUCUGCUUUCUUGUUUUUCAACUAUUCUGCAGUCCACUGCCUCGGGAUUACUGGAGAUGAACCUUCUUGAACAGAUAUGCGAGCCGCUUAGCGCCCUGUUGCCAAGAUUGCUACGGUGUUUAUCAAUGAUUGGGCAGAAAUUUGGGUGGUCUGAGUGGAUUGAGGAUUCCUGGAAGUGUUUGACUCUUUUGGCUGAGAUUUUGCAGGAGCGGUUUUCAAGUUUUUAUCCUCUUGCUGUUGAUAUUUUGUUUCAGAGCUUGGAGUUUGGAGUGACAGUGCAGCGGCCAGGGUUGAAGAAGAUUAGCUCUUUCCAAGUCCAUGGGGUUUUGAAGACUAAUCUUCAGUUGUUGUCGUUGCAAAAGCUUGGCCUCCUUCCAUUGUCCGUGAAGAAGUUAUUGAAGUUUGAUGCAUCGGUCUCUCAACUGCGGUUGCAUCCAAAUCAUUUGGUGACUGGGAGUUCUGCAGCUACUUACGUUUUUUUGCUUCAGCAUGCGAAUAAAGAAGUCGUUGAUGAAGCAGUCACCUCGUUGAUUGAAGAACUGGAGCUCUUGAAGAGUUUAAUAGGAAACAACAAUGGCCAUUCAUAUGAAUUUAAUCGUAUUGUAGAUAUUAAAACAUUUUCAGAAGCUGAGUUAUUGGCCUUAAUCAAGUUUGAUUUGAAAGUACUAUUAGCGUGUGUUUGCAUGGGUGGGGACAACAGUUUGAUUGGACAAAAGGAUAUUGCUUCAUUGUAUCUCAGGAGGUUAGAAAAGUUAGAGUUAUUUAUAACAAAACAGAUGAAUCCUUUUGAAUUACCAAUCCAGAAUUUCAUGGAGUUGCAGAUCACUGUUGUUAAGACAUUGGAGCGGCUAAAUUCGGUUGAGUUCUUAAUUAAGUGUUCUGUGAGAGAACAGAAUUGUGAGAAGACUUUAGUUGAAUUUCCAACUGAAAAGGAGGACAGAGAUGAUCAAUUCAGUAAUGAGCGUUUGGCUGUGAUUACUGAGCAUUUGGAGAAGUACAGCAAGCUCGUUGUAAAAGCCUUUCAUAUUUCUUCUCCUCUGGCAAUUAAAUUAAUUGUUCUAGAUUGGGGACAAAAGUUCUGCGAGAGUGUAAUGGCAGUUAAUAAGAUCUCAAGCAUUAGCGGUUUUUCCUACGAAGCAUGUGAGUAUGCUAGUGUAAUCAUGAACUUAGUUUUUUCACUUUUAGGUGGUACAUUUGAGAGGGAACAGGAAGUGAGGUCACAUGUUGCAAUAACUCUGGAGAUGUUUAUGCAGGCAAAACUUUUGCAUCCUGUGUGUUUUUAUCCCUUAGCUGAAGUCAUACUGGAGAAACUUGGGGAUCCAACCAUAGAAAUACGGGAUGCAUAUGUAAGACUUCUUGCCCAUAUUUUGCCUACUACUAUAUAUUCUUGUGGUCUGUAUGAUUAUGGAAGAUUUAGGUCUGUUGACCCUGAGUUAGGAAACAAUUCUAAGCUUCACUGGAAACAAUUAUUUGCCCUGAAGCAGUUGCCACUGCAACUGCACUCCCAACAUCUUGUGUCAAUCUUAAGUUACAUUUCACAAAGAUGGAAGGUACCUCUUUCUUCUUGGAUCCAACGCCUCAUUCAUAGUUGCCAGAGUUCAAAGGAUGCUAUUUUAAGUCUGCCUGAAGAAACAGGAAUUUUUGGUGCUAAUUCUCCAUGGUUGGAUAUACGAGUGGAUGAAGACAUACUUGAAAAAAUCUGUUCUGUCAAUAAUUUGGCUGGUGCCUGGUGGGCUGUACAAGAAGCAGCUCGGUACUGUAUUGCUACAAGACUACGGACUAACCUUGGUGGCCCCACCCAAACAUUUGCUGCUCUAGAGCGUAUGCUUUUGGACAUUGCACACCUUUUGCAACUUGAUAAUGAGCAAAGCGAUGGGAACUUAAGUAUGAUAGGGUCUUCUGGUGCUCACUUGCUACCAAUGAGAUUAUUGUUGGAUUUUGUUGAGGCUCUUAAGAAAAAUGUAUAUAAUGCAUACGAAGGGUCUGUCAUUUUACCACCUGCUACUCGUCAGAGUACUUUAUUUUUUCGAGCAAACAAAAAAGUAUGCGAGGAUUGGUUUUCUCGUAUUUGUGAGCCAAUGAUGAAUGCUGGGUUGGCUGUACAUUGUAAUGAUGCUGUUAUUCAGUAUUGUACACUGCGUUUGCAGGAGCUCAAGAAUCUUUCUGUGUCAACUUUGAAGGAAAAAUCUAGGACCCAGGUAACUGAUAACCUCCACAAUAUCAGAGGAAGGUAUAGAGGAGAUGUCUUGAAAGUUUUAAGAGAUGUUUCACUAGCUCUUUGCAAGAGUUCUGAUCCAGAGUCUUUAAUUGGCCUUCAAAAAUGGGUUUCCAUUACCUUCUCCUUACUCGGGGACGAAAACCAGUCCUUCAGUGAGGGUGGAACUGUUGGACCACUUUCUUGGAUAAGUGGGCUUAUAUAUCAGGCAAGAGGCGAGUAUGAAAAUGCUGCAGCUCACUUUACGCAUUUGCUACAGACAGAAGAGUCACUCAGCUCCCUUGGUUCUGAUGGUAUACAGUUUGUCAUAGCGCGCAUAAUUGAGAGUUACACGGCUGUAUCUGAUUGGAGAUCUCUUGAAACCUGGCUGUUAGAAUUACAACAGCUUCGUGCUAAACAUACUGGUCGAAGUUAUUCUGGUGCUCUAACAAUGGCUGGAAAUGAAGUUAAUGCAAUCCAUGCAUUAGCACGUUUUGAUGAGGGUGAUUAUCAGGCUGCAUGGUCAAGCCUUGAUUUGACACCUAAAAGCAAUAGUGAGCUUACCCUUGAUCCAAAAAUAGCCUUGCAACGGAGUGAGCAGAUGCUCUUGCAAUCUUUGCUCUUCCAGAAGGAGGAAAAAAGUGAUAAGGUACUGCAUGAUCUGCAGAAAGCUAGGUCAAUGUUGGAGGAACCACUUUCUGUUCUGCCACUUGAUGGCUUAGCUGAAGCAACACCUCUUGCAAUUCAAUUGCACUGCAUUUUCCUUGUAGAAGAUAAUUGCAAGCUUAAAACAAAUCAUGAGAAGGCCAAACAACUACCAUCAAUACUGAAUUCUCUUGAAUCACUGCCAUCUUCCAUUAGUAAAAUCCGUCAAGAUUGUAAUCCAUGGCUGAAAGUUCUUAGGGUUUAUAAAACCAUUUCCCCAAGUUCUCCCGUAACUCUAAAAUUUUGCAUUAAUUUGCAUAAUUUAGCCCGCAAGCAAAAUAAUCUUUUGUUGGCAAAUCGUCUGAACAACUACAUAAAAGAUCAUGUAUUUGCUUGCCCAGAGGAGAGGCAUCGAAAUCUUCUGGUCUUAAACUUGCAGUACGAGAGCAUUUUACUACAGUAUGCUGAAAACAAGUUUGAAGACGCUUUCACAAACCUUUGGUCAUUUUUGCAUCCUUGCAUGGUUUCUCCCAAACCAUCUAUAAUAUCUGAUGUUAAAGAGAGGAUUCUGAAGGCCAAAGCAUGCUUGAAACUCUCAGAUUGGCUGAGACGAGAUUAUUCAGACUGGAGUCCAGAGGGUGUUGUUCUAAAGAUGGCAGCAGAUUUUGAUUUGGCUGAAUCGUCUCCACAUGGCAAAGAUGGCAGCAAAGAAAACUUAAGUUGCAAAUCAAAUUUGGGUUCUAUUAUUGAGGAAAUUGUUGGUACAACAACAAAAUUGUCUUCUAGUAUUUGCCCCACCAUGGGCAAGUCAUGGAUUUCUUAUGCUUCUUGGUGCUUUAAGCAAGCAACAGACUCACUCCAUGUUCAGAGUGAAACCAUCCUUCAUUCAUGCUCGUUUUCUUCCAUGCUUGUUCCAGAAAUUCUACCUGACAGAUUCAAGUUGACUGAGGAUGAGGUUCAAAGAAUUAAGUCAUUGGUUUUGUGUCUUUUUCAGGACAAUAUUGAUAUGAAAGGUUUCACAGAUGAACAGGAAGAACAAAGCUCUUGGCUUGAUUCUGCAGAGCUCUCAAUUAGUGAGAGUCCUCUGCAGAAAUUGGUUUGGAAUAUAGUGAAUGUUAUAGAAACCGCUGCAGGGGCAUCAGGUGCAGAAAACUCUGGUGGUGAAUGUCUUUCAGACAUGGUAUCUUCUCAAUUGAGGAUUUGUUUGUUAAGCACAAAUUUUGGGCUCAAAGAAUCUGACAUUAGUUUUGCAUUGGAUAAUUUUGUUGAUAUUUGGUGGUCUUUGAGAAGGAGGAGAGUGUCCUUGUUUGGACAUGCUGCUCAUGGUUACAUACAAUAUCUUUCUUAUUCAUCUUCCCGUAUUUGCCAUAGUCAAGUGCCUGGUUCUGAAUAUGAGACUUUGAAGCAAAAAGCUGGCAGCUACACCCUGAAGGCUACAUUGUAUAUAUUGCAUAUACUUCUCAAUUAUGGUGUGGAAUUGAAAGAUACUCUUGAAUCUGCUCUUCUGGUUGUUCCUUUGUUGCCGUGGCAGGAGGUUACACCUCAACUGUUUGCACGUAUAAGUUCACAUCCUGAACAAGUGAUUCGAAAGCAGUUGGAGGGUUUACUAACAAUGCUGGCGAAACAAUCUCCAUAUUCUAUAGUGUACCCAACACUAGUUGAUGUUAAUGCUUAUGAAGAGAAACCUUCCGAAGAGCUUCAUCAUGUGUUGAGCUGUCUGAGAGAACUUUACCCCCGACUGGUUCAGGAUGUUCAGCUUAUGAUAAAUGAACUCGGAAAUGUUACUGUUCUCUGGGAGGAGUUAUGGCUGAGUACUCUUCAGGAUCUUCAUACAGAUGUGAUGAGACGGAUAAACUUACUGAAAGAAGAGGCAGCAAGAAUUGCAGAAAAUGUAACACUUAGUCAGAACGAGAAGAACAAGAUAAAUUCUGCUCGAUAUUCUGCAAUGAUGGCUCCAAUAGUUGUGGCUUUGGAGCGUCGAUUAGCUUCAACGUCUCGAAAACCUGAGACUCCUCAUGAAGCUUGGUUCCAGGAAGAGUAUAAAGACCAACUAAAAUCAGCCCUAGUAUCAUUUAAAAUCCCUCCAGUAUCUUCUGCAGCUAUAGGUGAUGUGUGGCGACCUUUUGAUAGUAUUGCUGCAUCCUUGGCCUCAUAUCAGAGGAAGUCUUCAGUUUCCUUGGGAGAAGUGGCUCCACAUUUGGCUUUGUUAUCAUCUUCAGAUGUUCCAAUGCCAGGUCUUGAGAAACAAAUGCAAGUACCGGACUCUGACAAAGCAACUGAUCACCAAGGGGUUGUCACAAUUGCUUCUUUUCAUGAGCAAGUUACCAUCUUACCAACAAAGACAAAGCCUAAGAAACUAGGUAUACUUGGUUCAGAUGGUCAUAAAUACACAUAUCUCCUCAAAGGACGAGAAGAUUUGCGCCUUGAUGCUAGAAUCAUGCAAUUAUUGCAGGCUAUAAAUGGUUUUCUGCAUUCUUCAUCUUCUGCAUGUAGCAAUUCUCUUACCAUUCGCUAUUAUUCUGUGACUCCAAUCAGUGGUCGGGCUGGCCUAAUCCAGUGGGCGGGCAAUGUGGUAAGUAUUUACAGUGUAUUUAAAUCUUGGCAAACACGUGUCCAGCUAGCACAGUUUUUGGCAUUGGGCUCUGCAAAUCCAAAAUCUUCAGCUCCUCCACCUGUUCCACGACCCAGUGAUAUGUUUUAUGGGAAGAUCAUACCUGCACUUAAAGAGAAAGGCAUAAAGAGGGUGAUUUCCCGAAGAGACUGGCCUCAUGAAGUCAAAUGUAAAGUUCUUCUUGAUCUCAUGAAGGAAGUGCCUAGGCAUCUUCUUUACCAGGAGCUGUGGUGUGCUAGUGAAGGAUAUAAAGCUUUCAGCUCAAAAUUGAAGAGGUAUACAGGAAAUGUUGCUGCAAUGAGUAUGGUUGGUCAUGUUUUGGGACUGGGAGACAGGCAUUUAGACAACAUUCUUAUAGAUUUUUGUAAUGGGGAUAUCGUACACAUUGAUUACAAUGUGUGUUUUGACAAGGGACAAAGGCUAAAAAUUCCAGAGAUUGUUCCUUUCCGUUUGACCCAAAUAAUUGAAGCAGCUUUAGGGCUAAAUGGAAUAGAGGGUAGCUUCAGAUCAAACUGCGAGAAAGUUAUUGGUGUUUUAAGGAAGAACAAAGAUGUGCUUUUGAUGUUAUUGGAAGUGUUUGUUUGGGAUCCACUUGUGGAAUGGACACGAGGUGAUUUUCAUGACGAAGCUGCAAUUGGCGGUGAAGAGAGAAAAGGUAUGGAGUUGGCUGUCAGCUUAAGUCUAUUUGCAUCUCGAGUACAGGAAAUUCGGGUUCCCUUACAGGAACACCAUGAUCAAUUAUUGACUAGCCUGCCAGCUGUUGAAUCGGCACUUGAGAGGUUUGGUGACGUUCUAAACAAAUAUGAGCUUGCCUCUAGUCUGUACUGUCGAGCUGACCAGGAGAGGUCAAGCCUUAUAUUGCAUGAGACGUCUGCAAAGUCAAUUGUUGCUGAAGCAACCAGAAAUUCAGAGAAAAUUCGAGCUUCUUUUGAAAUUCAGGCUCGGGAAUUUGCUCAAGCAAAGGCUAUGGUUGCUGAGAAAGCUCAGGAGGCAAUGACUUGGGCUGAGCAGCAUGGAAGGAUUCUUGAUGCUUUACGGUGUAACUUAAUCCCAGAAAUAAAUGCUUCUUUUAAGCUGAAUAACAUGGAAACGGUCAUAUCUCUUACAUCUGCUGUCAUUGCAGCAGGGGUUCCACUAACUGUUGUUCCUGAGCCAACACAGGCACAAUGCCAUGAUAUAGAUAGGGAAGUUUCUCAAUUCAUAGCUGAGUUGGGUGAUGGACUAACUUCUGCCACAGCUUCUUUGCAAGCAUACUCCUUGGCCCUGCAAAGAAUUCUACCUUUAAAUUACCUUUCAACCAGUGCAGUGCAUAACUGGGCACAAGUUCUACAACUUUCUAUCAAUGCCCUGUCAUCAGAUAUGCUCUCUCUUGCCAGAAGACAGGCUUCUGAACUUAUUGCAAAGUUUCAUGUAGAUAACAGUGAUUCUAUUAAAUUCAGUCAUGAUGAUCUCUGUUUCAGAGUGGAGAAGUAUGCAGUUGAAAUAGAAAAAAUAGAAAAAGAGUGUGCUGAAAUAGAGAGUUCUAUUGGCUCUGAAUCAGAAUCAAAAACUAAGGAUCGUCUCUUAUAUGCUUUUAUGAAAUUCAUGCAGUCCAUUGGUCUUUUAAGGAAGGAAGUUGGAAUAUCUUCUAUUCAAUCUAAAUAUGACAGUGAGAUGAACAAUGCUAGACCUUUAGGUGAGCUAGAAGAGGAGAGGGAGAAAGUAUUUUCAAUUUUGAAUAUUGCCGUGAGUUCACUUUAUAACGAGGUUAAGCAUAAAAUAUUAAAUAUUUAUAAUGAUGCAUCCGGAGGGAGAAAUCAAUACAAUAUGUUACAGAAUGAUUCUGGAACUAUUUUUGCUGAGUUUGAAGAACAAGUAGAAAAAUGUAAUCUUGUGACAGAAUUUGUUCAUGAUCUAUGCCAAUUUAUAGGAAAGGACAUCCCUUCUGUUGAUAUUAACCAAGUUCGUUUGAAGAUUUCUUCUGAAAGUAAUUGGGUUUCCAUUUUCAGUAAUAUUUUAAUUUCCUGUAAAGGACUGGUUAGUCAAAUGACAGAAGUUGUUCUGCCAGAUGUAAUACGAGCUGCUGUUUCAUUAAAUUCAGAGGUUAUGGAUGCAUUUGGAUUGAUCUCACAAGUUCGGGGAUCUAUAGAAACUGCACUGGAGCAGCUUAUGGAGGUUGAAAUGGAGAGAGUAUCACUUAUUGAACUUGAACAGAAUUAUUUUGUUAAGGUUGGUCUUAUUACUGAGCAGCAGCUGGCCCUUGAAGAAGCUGCAGUUAAGGGCAGAGAUCAUCUUUCUUGGGAAGAGGCAGAGGAACUAGCAUCCCAAGAGGAAGCUUGUAGAGUACAACUGGACCAACUUCAUCAAACAUGGAAUCAAAGGGAUGUAAGGACUUCGUCUCUUACCAAGAGAGAAACAGACAUUAAAAAUGCCUUGAUUUCUGUGAAUUGUCAAUUUCAAUCUCUUGUUGGUGUGGAAGAAGAAAGGGAGCUACAUAUUUUGAGAAGCAAAGCACUACUGGCCUCACUUGUUAAGCCUUUCUUGGAAUUGGAAUCCAUUGAUAUUUUGCUGUCUUCGACUGAUGGUUCAGUUGCCAUGCCCACGAGUAAAUUUCAUACUAUGACAGAUUUGAUAAACUCUGGGAAUUCUAUAUCUGAAUAUGUCUGGAAAGUAGGAGGUCUAUUGGAUAAUCAUUCCUUCUUUAUUUGGAAAAUAGGAGUCAUAGAUUCUUUUCUUGAUGCAUGCAUUCAUGACAUAGCUUCAUCAGUUGAGCAAAAUCUAGGCUUUGACCAAUCACUCAAUUUUAUGAAGAAAAAACUUGAAAUCCAACUUCAGAAACACAUUGGUCACUAUUUAAAAGAAAGAGUUGCUCCUAGUUUACUGGCUUGUUUAGAUAAAGAAAAUGAGCACUUGAAGCAACUUACAGAGUCAUCAAAGGAACUUGCUUUAGACCAGGGGAAAAAGGAUGGGGCUGUGAAAAAAGUUUUACUUAUGCUCAAAGAAUAUUGUAAUGCACAUGAAACUGCUAGAGCAGCAAAAUCAGCUGCUUCUAUCAUGAAAAAACAAGUGAAUGAGUUAAAAGAAGCUCUACGAAAAACUGCCCUUGAGGUAGUUCAAAUGGAAUGGAUGCAUGAUGUUAGUUUGAACCCAUCAUAUAACAGAAGAAUCAGAUUUGAGAAGUAUCUAGAUACUGAUGACAGCUUGUAUACAAUCAUUUUAAAUCUCAACCGGUCUAAAUUACUGGAUAAUGUGCAAUCUGCUGUAUCAAAAAUCACAACAUCAAUGGAUUGUCUUCAGUCUUGUGAACGAAAUUCUCUUAUGGCUGAAGGACAACUUGAGAGAGCAAUGGCUUGGGCUUGUGGAAAUUCUAGUAAUUCUGGAAAUACUUCAACCACGAAUUCAGGAAUUCCUCCUGAGUUCCAUGAACAUAUUAAGAAUCGGAGGCAGAUUUUAUGGGAAUCUAGAGAAAAGGCAUCGGACAUUGUGAAGUUGUGUGUGUCAGUGUUAGAGUUUGAAGCAUCAAGAGAUGGGUAUUUGUUUAUACCAGACCAACCUUAUCCCUUUAGGAGUAGUGUUGAUGCCAAGACAUGGCAGCAGGUGUACUUGAAUGCACUAACAAGAUUAGAUGUUACUUUCCAUUCUUAUUCACGUACUGAACAAGAGUGGAAGCUUGCACAAUGCACUGUUGAAGCUGCUUCCAAUGGAUUAUAUACUGCUACCAAUGAACUCUCCAUUGCCUCUCUAAAAGCAAAGUCAGCUUCAGGUGAUUUACAAAACACGGUUCUUUCAAUGAGGGACUGUGCAUACGAAGCUAGUGUUACACUGUCUGCUUUUGCUCGGAUUUCGAGGAUCCAAACUGCUCUAACUUCAGAAAGUGGUUCAAUGCUUGAAGAGGUUUUAGCAAUAACUGAAGAUAUACAUGAUGUUUACAAUCUGGGGAAAGAGGCAGCUGGUAUCCACCUUUCUCUUAUGGAAGGCCUUUCAAAGGCAAAUGCAAUCCUUUUUCCACUUGAAUCGGUGCUGUCUAAGGAUGUAGCUGCUAUGGCUGAUGCAAUUGAUAGGGAAAGUGAGACCAAGAAGGAAAUAUCACACAUCCAUGGGCAAGCUAUAUAUCAAUCAUAUUGUUUAAGAAUCAGGGAGGCUUGUCAGACCUUUAAGCCCUUGGUACCCUCUCUGAUGUUAGCUGUGAAGGGACUUUAUUCAUUGUUGACAAGGCUAGCAAGAACCGCUAAUGUCCAUGCUGGCAACCUCCACAAAGCGCUUGAAGGAAUAGGAGAAAGUCAGGAAGUAAAAUCAGUGACUACUACUUUGUCAAGAUCAGAUGGUGGGGGUGGUGAUGCUGUUGAGUUUGAUGGUAAAGAGGGGGUGGGUCUCUCUAGGUCUGAAGAUGAUAAAACUGAUGAUUUCAUUGGCUUUUCUCGACUUAGUUUGGAAGACAAAGGAUGGAUAUCACCCCCAGAUAGCAUCUGCUGUACUGACUCUGGAUCUGACAUGACAGCAACCGAAGUUAGUCUUCCUGAUAGCUUGAAUGAUUCAGCAGGAAAUAAAGACCUGCUUUCACAGGGGUCUAGUAGUAGAAACCCCACAGGUCAUAUGCAUACUGCUCUAUUCUCUCAAACUGAAGUAGAAGAAAUCUCACCCUUUGGGCUGUCACAAUCUUCUCCUGUAGAAACUGAUCUUAAUGGUUCUGGUUCUGUGAAAUCAAUCAAUGAGGCCACUGAACAUUCUGAAGCAAUAGUUGUACUAGGUGAUAAAACUGCUGCCAUCCCUGCUAACUCCCAAAAUCCAACAAAUGAGAACAUAGACAAAUUUGAUUCAGCAGAUGAGCCCCUUUCUGCAAAAGAAAUUAAAAAUGCUACAGAACACCGUGAUGCUCGUGAUCUGAACGUAAAUGCCAAUACUCGUGUUGGAAGGGGUAAAAAUGCUUAUGCCUUGUCAGUACUGAGGCGGGUUGAGAUGAAAAUUGAUGGUCGAGAUAUCUCUGAAAGCAGAGAAAUUGAUAUUGCAGAGCAAGUAGAUUAUCUACUAAAGCAAGCCACUAGUGUAGAUAAUCUAUGCAACAUGUACGAAGGUUGGACACCAUGGAUCUGAGGUUUCAAGAGGUUCCUCAGACUGGAGCAUCUUAAGUCCCAUUCCCAAUAUUAUGCAAGAAUCGGCCUCAAGCCUCGUUCCGUUGACCACGCUGAGGAAUGGGUCCUUAGGCCAGCUAUUUUUUCCUGGUGAUGCAGGAAGCCACCAGAACAAAGUUUUUGCAGGUCCCAUUAAUCAAACCAUUUGUUGAAGUAUUUCGCUGAUCACAAUCACUGAUCUAUCCAGGGCCAAACUGUGUAGCUUCUGCCGUCCUCUUGAUUUCAGCUUUUGUCGAGGCAGAGUUACUAUUUUUCACCUUACAUGUGGACUUUCAUCUACCAUCCCACAGUGAAGUCCCAGGCUCACAGCUGGUCUCGUGGGAGAUGAACAAGGAUUACGAUGCCUUCCCUCCCUCCUGGUUUAAACAGUGUAGUGUAGCUUUUAGCUCCUGCAACUUGCAUAGCCAUACUGAUUGAGGAGCACGUUUUGGAUCCUCAGCUCUUGAAGGCUGAAAGAAUGUUUUGUUUCUGGCUGGAGCAUCAUACUAUUGCUAAAUUCACGUCCAGGAUGUAUUACACGUAUCCGUGUAAUCAUUUAUCAGUUGAUAGGUCAAGUAAUCAAUUGCGCAUUGCUAAUCUCUCAUGUAAUUGCAGCGUGUUUGGUUUCUCAUUGGCUAGCGCACAUCGGUUUGAAGCAACGAAGACCAGCUUAUGCGGUUUUUACUUGGAGAUUGGAGCUUAUGACGAAAUUUGUAACUUUCAAUUCCAUUUGUCAUAUUUCCGCUCUUUUAUUCAUUUUUAUCCACUCCCAUACAUGUACCUAAAGUUGCCUUCGUAUGCAUCCCAAUAUUCUAUCACUUUCCUCUUUUCUCUGGUAUUA